AUGGUGUCCAACACAGCAACCGUUGAACUUAUCACGGAUCGCCUCGAAAAACCUUUGCGCCAUGAGCGGGAAGGUCGUGUCAUUCGACUACCCAACGAGCUUGAAGUUCUUCUAGCUCAUGAUCCAGACACAGACAAUGCUAGCGCCUCCCUUAAUGUCCAUGUUGGGAGUUUCAGUGACGAAGAGGAUAUGCCUGGCAUGGCUCACGCCGUGGAGCAUCUACUGUCCAAGGGCAACAAAAAGUUCCCUGCGGAAAACGGAUUCUUUGAGUAUCUGGGCGUUAACAACGGCUACUCAAACGCUCACACGAUGCCAACAUCUACGAAAUACGUUUUUCAAGUGGCAGCAAAGCCUAAAAAUAAUGAAGAGCCGUCUUCAACGAACCCCUCGCCCCUCAAGGAGGCCCUCCACCGCUUUGCCGAGAAUUUUAUCUCGCCCCUCUUUUCCAAAGAUACCAUCGACCGAGAGUUGCAGGCUGUCCACUCCGAGCAUCAAAAGAACACGCAACUAGAUUCUUGGCGAUUGGAACAAGUCGAGAAAAGCCUCUCCAAUCACAAGCAUCCUUACCAUCGUUUCGCUACCGGCAAUCUUGAUGUUCUUCAGACCCAACCAGAGGCCAAGGGCAUUGAUAUCCGAGAUCGAUUGGUCGCUUUCUGGAAGAGGCAUUACUCGGCGAAUGUGAUGAAGUUGGUAGUAUUGGGACGGGAGCCUCUGAACGUGUUGGAGAACUGGGUCGCAGAAAUGUUCUCUGGCAUUCAGAACAAGAGUUUGGUCCCCAACCGGUGGAAGGAAGAGUUCCCCUAUCGUGAAAGUGAGCUAGGUGUACAGGUAUUCGCUAAGCCCAUCAUGAACCUGCGCGAGUUGAGGUUGCGCUUUCCGUUUCCCGAGCAUAGACAGACGUGCACUUCGCAGCCUGACCGGUACAUCAGCCAUUUGAUCGGCCAUAAGGGACCGGGAAGCAUAACGGCCUACCUUAAAGAGAAGGGAUGGUCCAAUGAGUUACGCGCGUAUGCGGAAUCUGUGUGCGAUGGCACACCUGAUAUCUUCCAUUGCGACAUACGUCUGACUGAGGAGGGCAUCAAGAACUACAAGCAUGUGGUUCUCGUCUUUUUCCGAUAUGUUUCACUCCUCCGGGAGUCACCCCCUCCGGAGUGGAUCUUUGAUGAGAUCAAGAGUAUGGCCGACGUCAACUUCAAGUACCCGGAAAAGACAGACGAGGCAACCUUUGCUUGUACAAUCAGUGCACUAAUGCAGGAGCCUAUGCCGCGUGAGUGGCUGCUUAGCGGCCAUUCCCUACUGCGCACCUUUGACGGUGACCUCAUCGAGAGGUGUGUAGCAUGCUUAAGGCCAGACAACUUCCGCAUGACCAUUGUGUCGCAGGAGUUGCCUGAAGGCUACAACCAAGAGGAGAGCUGGAAGCAGGAAAGGUGGUAUGGAGUUGAAUAUUUUUGGGAGAAGAUUCCUGAUGACUUCAUGAAAGACAUCAAGGAGGCUGCGUCAUGUAUGGACCCCGAACAAACCAGUAAGCUUCAUUUUCCCCAUCGCAACAGCUUAAUUCCCGUCAUCAUCGACCUCGACAAGGAAAAGCGCUCCGGGUCCUCCACGCCACCAAGACUCAUUCGGAACGAAUCCACUAUGCGGGUAUGGUGGAAGGAGAGUGACUUUUUUAACGAGCCCAAAGCCACGUUUACGAUCAAAUGCUGGCAUCCGGAUAUUUAUUCGACCCCCCAAGAUGCUGUCACAAGUGGACUCUUCGUCAAUCUCAUGAUGGACCAUUUGUACACAGAAUACUUUCACGCCACGCUUGCAGGUCUUCGAUUUGGCAUUGACCGUUCCAGCCACGGGCUGCUACUCACAAUCUCUGGGUAUGAGGCGAAACUCGACAGUCUCUUGAAGCACGUUCUCGACGCUGUGAGUCGUCUAGAGUUUUCCGAGACGAGAUUUGACAUGAUCAAAGAGGAUCUAACCCUAGAGUAUCAAAAUGACGAGCUAGACAAGCCCUAUAAGCAGGUUUGGUACCUUACGGGCUGCCUCAAUUCCGAACCCUGGCAUGCCGUUGAAACGCUUCGGGAGAAUGUGGCGAGCGUUACCAUCGACGACGUUCGCCAUUUCCGAAAGAAGCUUCUGGCGCCAAUGCAUCUUGAGAUCUACGCACAUGGCGAUCUGCAGAUAUGUGAGGCUCAUCGCCUGGCAGACCUGGUUGCGGCGACUUUGAGGCCGCCGAAAACACUCGAAACACAGCGGCCUGUCUCUCAAUCCCUGAUCAUACCCAAGGGAUCGGAGUUCCUUUAUGAGAAGACGCUGAAGGACCCGGACAACGUCAACCACUGUAUCGAAAUGUUUCUAUAUGUUGGUGAUAACAGCGACCGAUCGAAGAGGGCCAAGGCGAUGCUCUUUCAUCAGAUGGUACGAGGACCCGUGCUCGACCAGCUGCGAACCAAGGAGCAGUUGGGAUAUGUGGUCGACAGCGACUUCCGAAGUUUCUUUUCUACCUGCGGUAUAAGCUUUAAGAUUCAGAGCCAGCAGAGACCGGCCUACCUCGAGUCAAGAAUCGAAGAAUUCUUACGCUUCUUCUGUGAUGUCCUGCACGGCAUGUCCGAGGCCGACUUUGACAAACACAAGCGAAGUUUGAUUCUCAGAUGCCUUCAAAAGCCUAGGAAUCUCAUACAAGAGAGCAAGUGGACCUGGGGACAGAUCGAAAGCAAAUAUUAUGACUUUGAAGGCCGUUGCAAAGACGCGGAGUGCAUUAAGACGUUCACUCUGGAUGACAUCGUCGAAUUCUGUCGGCAAUACAUGAAGCCAGGGUCUCUGACACGAGGGAAGCUUUCGGUCCACCUUCUUGCACGAGCAGACGGUUCGGAGAAGACAAAACUCGAUAUGUCUACCACGUCAAACUCAACCCGCUUCACUGAUAUUGACUGCUUCAAGAAGGAUUUAUCCGCCAUGCCAUUGACUCCCAUGAAUCCCCCCGAGGCGUUCAUGGAAUGA